GGACUGGUAGAUUUAAACAAGUAGGCCUACGUUUACUCAACUGCUGUGCCGAAGUACACAUUGAAGAUAUUAUAGAAUCACGUUUAGUGUAGGACAUUUCUCUCCAUAAGAAAAGCUUCUGUCAAACAUCGUGAACAUUUAAGCCCACACUCUACGUCGUUAGACUAUGUAUUAUCAACAAACCAUUACAUUUUCAUAUGCUGCUAAAGUGUCACUUUUUCAUUAGUUUAAUGUCCCAUGAGUCUUUUCCUGUUGGUUGUUAACUCAGCAACAGCUCUUUAGGAAAGUAAAAACCAAUUAACUCUCCACAGUUAUUACAGCGCUGUUAUCAGUAGUCACCUGUGUAUGUGUGUUUCAUUAAUGCUUUAAUGUGCUGGAACAAAAAUGUUUUUCUUUCCUGCUAUGACACAUAUUUCCCCUGAGAAAACUGUAUAAAAGCCCACUUUCUGAAGGCAACCCACCAGGGUAAGCAGCUGAAGUAUUUCUUAUUGCCUGUUUUAAAGAUAUCCACAAGCAUGAAAGUUUUGCUGUUUGAACUUUUGGUUGUGUGGCUGCUCGGAGCGCUGCAUGCAGAGGCAAACACUCAACCUGAACAGAUGGGUCUCAGUGAAGAUGAGCAGCAUGUGAGCAGAAGAUAUGCUGAGUCGACCAUCGCCAGCGAAAUCAGCAAAAUCAUGGAUUCAAUGGUGCAGAAAAACUUUGUUGAUUUCUUGCUCAACCAAAGGGAGAAAAAAAGCUUGCCAGCUGCCACUGCAGAGGAAGAUCUGAAGGAAAGUCUAUACAACGUCCUGCUGAAGCUCAGUCUGCACAGGAAGCAGAAGAGAAACAUCUAAGGUUAGUUUUCCCUUUAUUCACAUCAUACAAACUGGUCUGUCUGUUGUGCUUAACAUCUCG